AAGCGGAACAAAACGCGGAUGUGUGUCGGGUGUCGGAUGCUCUCUGGCGGGGGAGGACGUCAUCCACAGCGUCCCUCCCUCUCCGUUAUUCCCUCUUCACUCCGCCCCGGCCUGCUUCACGUUCGCCCGCCUGCACUUCUUUCUCUCCGCCACCACAUUCACCACCUCCAGCCAGCCAGCCUAAUCAGCCUGCUUACCCGGACUUCGACUCCUCUGGCCGGGCCACAGACCCCACCGACUCCCGGGACACACGGACGGGGGCGGGGGAGAAAACCGCUUGUUUUGGAGAAGCCACAACCAGUCGCAUUGCAGCAUCGUCAUCACCGCCCUUUUAAAAUCUCACAUUGUUGUAGUUUUUCCACCUUUUUUUGUCUCAAUUGUAGGAUAAAAGCGAGUUAAAGUUGAGGGCGAAGAUGUAAAAAAAGCUGCUGCCUGGUUAGCAGCGGCUGGGAGCUGGACGCCUUCAUUCGGGGCACCGUUAGCUCGUCUCUUCCAGACAUUUUUUUCAUCAUUUGCCAAGACAAAUCCCACACUUCUCGGCGAAAGAAGAAGAAAAAACACCAAGAUGCUGUCCGAGCUGAGCCAAUGGUUCUGGCAGGAGCGGCUGUGGUUUCCGGAAGGCCUGGGCUGGGCCGACCUGGAGGAUCGGGAGGGUCGCGUGUACGCCAAAGCGGGGGAUCUGUGGGUGGCCCUGCCCAUCGCUCUUGUGUUUCUAAUCGUCCGUCAGAUCUUUGAAAGGACGGUGGCGACGCCUCUGGCCUCUCUGCUGGGGGUGAAAGAAACAGUACGGCUCAGGGCGCCUCCCAACCCCACACUGGAGUCCUACUACUGCCACGUGACCAAAAACCCCACACAGGUUUCGCUCGUCGGCCUUUGUAAGCAGACGGGCUGCUCGGAGAGACAAGUGCAGCGAUGGUUUAGAAGGCGGAGGAAUCAGGACAGGCCCAGUUUGCUCAAGAAGUUCCGAGAGGCCAGUUGGAGAUUUACCUUUUACCUUCUGGCUUUCAUUGCCGGCCUGGCCGCCCUCAUCGACAAACCGUGGCUCUACGACCUGAAGGAGAUGUGGCAGGGCUUCCCUGUGCUGACUCUGCUGCCAUCCCAGUACUGGUACUACAUGAUAGAACUGGGCUUCUACGGAUCCCUGCUCUUCAGCGUGGCCUCCGAUGUCAAACGCAAAGACUUCAAGGAGCAGAUAGUCCACCAUGUUGCAACCAUCCUCCUCAUCAGCUUCUCCUGGUGUGUCAACUACAUCCGUGCCGGAACGCUCAUCAUGCUGGUGCACGACUCCUCCGAUUACCUCCUGGAGUCCGCUAAGAUGUUCAACUACGCUGGCUGGAGAAACGCAUGCAACUACAUCUUCAUUCUCUUUGCCGGGGUCUUCAUCGUCACUCGCCUCGUCAUCUUCCCUUUCCGGAUCAUCUACUGCACGUGGGUGUACCCGGUCACCAUCUACCAGCCCUUCUUCGGCUACUACUUCUUCAACGGGCUGUUGAUGGUCCUGCAGUGUCUGCACAUCUUCUGGGCCGUUCUCAUCAUACGGAUAGCCGUCCGCUUCCUCACCAACAACGAAAAGGUGGAUGACGAGAGGAGCGACAAGGACGAGACGGACGAGACGGACGAUGAAGAGGAGGACGUGGAGGACACCAAGACGGUGGGGCAGAAAAACGGUCCUCUGCAGAACGGCCACGCCGUCCACAACAACAACCACAGCAAGGUGGAAUGACAGGAAGGGGGGGGGGGGUAUGAGAAGGACUCACGUGCCUCGGCGGGGCCAGCGCCGCCCGACAGGAAGAUGCUUGAGUAGCGGGAGGAAGAUGAAGGAUGAGGGCUUGUAGUCAUCUUUGCACCGUCACCUUUGCACAUCACAAAAACACCUUUCAGAAAGCCAACAGAUUAGGUACACUACAACUACUGCUUUGCCAGGGUGGGACCUUUGACCUCACGUUCUCACUUUACACAGGGAAGAAACCAAACUGGAGAGGGGGGAGGGGGGAGUAGGGGGGUGAGGAGAGGAGUCGUGCUUUCCUCGCUCCCUUCCUGCGUGCCUUAGAGCCAGACCUGGCUUUUUCAAAGGAUGCCAUUUUUUCAAGUCUAUGCUUUCUUUCUUUUCAAUGCAGCACUUUGUUGCUUCUCUUCUUUUCCACUCAAAGAACAAAUGAUCUGAUGGAGGGAGAAGACCGGCCCUUUGUUUGCCUCCAUUUUCUCUAUGCAAGCACUCGAGUGUUGAGCGAUUGCGAUGCCUUUGCACAACCCCACACUUCCUCCUGGUUUGGCUUUGCCUCGCUUCUGCAGCCUGGCUUGUGCCAUCUGUAAAGUGCUUUGACCAGCGCCCUCACGUCCAGGGCCGGAGAUGACGAGAGGGGUGUCCAAAGCGCAGGCCGGGGGCCCUUUGGUUUUUUUAUUGGCACAUUCUAAAAACACGAGUGACUUACUGCUAUUGCUAUAAUAUAGAAAUAUUUACUAUAUAUUUACAAGAAUGUUGAAAAAAUUGGAAAAUAAAAAAACAGCAGUACUUUCAUUAAAAGAAAAAUAUGAAGAGAAAAAAGUCACAGUUUUCCAAGAAUAAACUGGGAAUAUUAACAUGCAAAUAAUGGCAUUUUUUAGCAUAAAGUUGAACUAUUGAAAAUAUGUUACUCUUUAAAAAAAAUAAUAAUAAUAUGAUGACCAACACAACAAAUUAAAGUUUUUUGGAAAAUAUUAUGAGAAGCAAAAAGUUUAAAAUUUUGGAAAAUUACAAAAAAAACGGAAUCAAAAAUAAAAAAAUCAGCAAUACUUUUACCAAAAUAAAUAAAAAAUACAAAGAGAAAAAGUCUAUGAAUAAACUGGGAAUAUAUUAAGAGGAAAAUUAUGUCAUUUUUCUCGCAUAAAGUCAAAAUGUAAAAAAUAUGAUGUUUUUUUAAUGAAUAUUAUGACAAACAAAACAAAUUAAAGUUAUAUUUCUAUUUGGAAAAAUUGGGUUGGGGAAAAAGUUAGGAAAAAUAUUUAAAAUUUUGGGGGGAAAAAAAUGAAUAAAAAAACAAAAAAAAAUCAGCAGUACAUUUACAACAAAAAAAAUCCAAAGUUGUAAAAAGUAAAAGUGGAUAAAGUUGCAUUCUUUCAUUUUUCACAAUGCGGCCCUUCCUGGACAAGCGUUUGAACACCCCUGCUCUAGCCUACAGGUACAGGUACAGGUACACGUACAGGUACAGGUACAGGUACAGGUACAGGUACAGGUACAGGUACAGGUACAGGUACAGGUACAGGUACAGGUAGUGGAUGUUCCUAUGGGCUUGCUGCCGUAAAGCAGUGCCCUGUUUGCAUCAGGGGGAUUCACAGCUCCAUGCUAGCUAGCGGAUUUCAGUCUUUGAAUGUCACGCUUCUGCCUGAAGCGGCUUAAUCCACUUCCCGGGUCCUGAGCGUUGCUGCUGAUGCCAUCGCCUACUUUCACACGGAGAUCAUGCAGAAUUGCACCGUCAGCGCCGUGACAGGUUAUUUCUUAUGGCGAUGCUGAAUUUGGGUCGCGCUGCUGCAGGAACGGCAUCAUCCAGUUUGCAUACAGAACCCAGACAUACGUUUGGCGGAGGGACCAUAAAGGGGAUUCGACUCCACAACCCCUUCUCUCUUCAAUUGCCAUUGUUCACUCGCCACCCAAUCCUGGUUUAAGCCCUAAAUAUUCAAGUUUAACAGGGCAGGCUGUCAUCUGUGUGAAAGGAUAUUCCGCCAUGUUGUGAGUUUAUUUUUCCAAUUGACAUCAAUGCCCCACAUGGCUGGGUUCUGUAUGAAAUGCACUGUUACGGCUCUGAUGUGGCAGUCUGCAGGACGUACUCCAGCACGGGUGUCCAAACAUACCAAAACAAUCAAGGAUUCGGGGGCCAUUUUGAUAUUUGAUAUGUCGUAAGAGGUUCUGUACAGCUGACAAAGCGUAUUAUUAUCAACAUUUUCCUCAUUAAUUGCUGCAUUUUUGCUGUUUUCCUUCCAUUUUCACUGUUGUUGUUUUUUUUCUUGUUUUAUUUGUAAUUUUGUGCCACAGGCCAAUAACAGACAAACAUAACGGCCCCCAUGCUGCACUUUGGACACCCGUGUGUUGGCGCUGGAAUGCCCGUAACAGAGGCGGGACAGCAUCUGUGUGGAGUGCUACGUACGUCACGCCAAGACGCUGGUGCUGACGGCGUCACAUGUCACCUAGACGCUGUCCCGCCUCAGUCACGGCACUGACACUACCCCCAUUCCGUGUCGGAAGGGCAAGCGUUCCCAGUAGCAAAGGUGAAGGACUCCUCGGGGUUUUACUGGAAUGAAUGGACCUACAGUAUUUCCAAGGACUGCGUUUUUCAGACCACUGCCAAGUAUCCUGGGUGAUGUUUAUGACCCAGACCAGGAUCAGGAUUGCGUGUUCAUGUGAUAGUUGACGUGACGGCGUUCUAAGGGGGUCACAGGAAUUCAUCCAUGGUUGCUUUAAAUUGAUUCUUAUCCUACGCCAAGUGCCUUAUUUGUCAUGGAUGGGACAUUCCCGCUCUGUUCUCUCUGUCCACUUCUUCUUCUUCUCUGUCUCCACCUCACCAAGACCACACGGGUCCUCCCCCAUCACCGGCUUGCCUCCUCCACAGAUCCACAGAUCCCUCAUUCCACGUUUCCACUGCCACCUUCUUCUUUUUUUUACUAACAUAGACCAAGCAACCAGCAAGCUUCCUCUCCUCUUCCACGGUGAUGCAGAAGCAAGCGCUGUGUCCUGGUUACAGUGUUAUUAUUAUUAUUUUUUUUUUGUUAAAUGACGCCCAAGUAUUGUUAUUAAUAAUAAAAGCAAUGAUCAUGAA